AUGGAGCCGUCGACGCCCCCGGCCGGCCGGGGCCUCCGGCUGGAGGAGGAGGAGGAGCGCCCAUCGAUGGAGCGGGUGUUCGAGGGAGAGCGCGUGCCGUCGCGAUCGGAGACGAUCACGUUGCGGUCGGUGGCCGUGAGCGUCGCGCUCGGGUGCACGCUGAGCGUCGUCGCUAUGAAGCUGGCCCUCACCUCAGGCUUCGCCCCCUCACUCGCCAUCCCCGCCGGCCUCCUGGGGUCCUUCCUCCCGCGCGUGUGGAUCCGGCUGCUCGACCGCUGCGAGACCUCCCAGCUCCCCUUCACCCGGCAGGAGAACACCGUCAUCCAGACCUGCGUCGUCGCCUGCACCAGCAUCGCCUUCAGCGGUGGGUUUGGGACGUACAUUCUGGCGAUGAGCAGCAGCGCCGCCGAGGGCAGCAUCGGGAACGAUGCCAACAACGUGGAAGAGCCGAACGUGGGCAGGAUGGUCGUGUUCCUGCUCCUUACCAGCUUCGCCGGCAUGUUCGCCAUCAUGCCCUUCAGGAACAGCCUCAUCAUCCACCACCGGCUCACGUUCCCCAGCGGCACGGCCACCGCGCACCUCAUCAACACCAUGCACACUCCUCAGGGUGCCAAGCAAAACAGCAAGCAGGUGGCGAUGAUGUUGAAGACCUUCUGUGGGAUCGUCGCGUGGUCCAUCUUCCAGUGGUUCUUCGCUGGCGGCCAGAACUGCGGUUUCCGGACGAUCCCAACGUUUGGCAUCAUGGCGUAUCGACUAGGGUUCUCUUUCAAUUUCUCCAUGACCAACGUCGGCGUCGGGAUGUUCUGCCCGUACAAGAUCACCAUCUCAAUGCUCGCUGGGUCCUUGAUUUCGUGGGGUCUCAUAUGGCCGUACAUCGAGACGAAGGCGGGUGACUGGUACCCCAAGGGCCUCGACAACGACAACAUAAGCGGCAUCAAUGGCUACCGGGUGUUCAUCGGGAUAUCGAUGAUCCUCGCCGAUGGCCUCCUGCACAUGCUGUCAAUCCUUAUUCGGACCCUCUACACGAUGAGCAAGCAAGAGGACAACCCGCAGCCGAUGCAGAACGCCGGCGGGCAACCGUUCCAGUGCCUUAACGACAUCCUCGACCGGACCACGCACAGCUUUGACGACCGCCGGAGGAUGCAGGUCUUCCUCCGGGACCGGAUCCCCAGCAUGGCCCCGAUCAUGGCGUACGUGUUCAUGUCGGUCAUCUCCACCGUCGUCAUACCGCACCUCUACACCCAGCUGCGGUACCACCACGUCGCCUUCGCCUACAUCAUCGCGCCGCUGUUCGCCUUCUGCAACGCGUACGGCAACGGCAUCACCGACUUGAACAUCGCGACCACCUACGGGAAGAUCGCCAUGCUAAUCUUCAGCUCGUGGGUGGGGCUCAAGGACGGCGGCGUGGUGGCUGGGCUCGCCGCAUGCGCCAUCAUCGCGUCCAACGUCUCCACGGCGUCCGACCUCAUGCAGGACUACAGGACGGGCUACAUCACCCUCACCUCGCCUCACACGAUCUCCAUCAGCCAGAUCGCCGGGACGGCGCUCGGCUGCGUGAUCAACCCCGUCAUCUUCUGGGUGUACUACAAAGUGUUCAACGCCGGCGCCCACGACGACAGCAACUCCAUGGGCCCCUACGCCAAGGUGUACCGCGGCAUCGCCAUGCUCGGCAUGACCGAGAACGGGCUGCCCACCCACACCAUGCUGCUCUGCAAGAUUUUCUUCGCGCUCGCGCUCUCCUUGAGUGUGCUGCGGGAGGUCGCAGCGUGCAGGGGGUGGCGUGUCCGGCGGUUCAUCCCGAGCACCAUCGCCAUGGCCGUGGCCUUCUUCGCGCCGCCCACGAUCACCAUAGCCAUGGUCAUGGGGAGUGCGGUGAUCUACCUGUGGGGGAGGUCCGACCGCAAUGACAUGCAGAUGAUGUCGCCGGCGGUGGCAUGUGGGCUGAUCUGCGGCGAUGGGUUCGGCUCGCUGGUCUCGUUGAUGCUGACGCUGCUCAAGGCAACCCCGCCGAUCUGCAUCAUGUUCCUGUCUAGAGAAGUGAACGUGAGCCUUGACGCUUUCCUGGCAGCAAAAGCCACGUCAUCGUAG